AUGAUUGCACGCAGCGUGACGUUACUGCUUCUGCUGUUCAACAACAUUGCCUUCGCGCAGAACACCUUCCGAUGCCCUCGAGACCACAGGACCGUCGUAACUGAUGCCAAUGGGGAGCAGUACAUGAUUGGCUGUGGCGAUGAUACCUAUCCGGCUUCUAAUAGGAACUUUCAAGCUGCUAAUAGCUUCAACGACUGCUUUGCUACCUGCUCGGCUUCGCCUACGACCUGUGGAGCAUUCACAUAUGUAGGAGGAAGGAACGGUGUUGGGGGAGGCGUCUGCUACCUCAAGCCGGCACAAUAUCCUUCUUAUUGGCAGGGGAACACUGACACAGCUUUCGUCGGGGCGAUCAACAUGCGGUACUAUCGAGGUGCAACGGGGACUACAUCGGCCGUAGUGCCCCAAGACUCUGUUUCAUGUCCUGCACAAAACGGCAAGGUGAUCAGAGAUUUAUCCGGCGUCGAAUAUGUUGUUGGUUGCGCUCAGGAUACUACAGAUGGUUCAUUCGCCUCCCAGCAAGUGAAUGGGGGCUUCGACGAUUGUUUUAACUAUUGUUCCAACAAUGUGCUCGGUACAUGUUACUACUUCACCUUUGUUGGUACGAUCAACGCUUACGAAGCUUUGCUCAGGGGCACAACGGACGGAACGGGCGCGGGAACAUGUUAUUUGAAGAACAAAAGUCGGGGAAGCUUCGCCGGCAGCAACAACAACUUCGUUGGUGCGGUUCAAUUGGCCCGUUACAACGGCGCCGCAAUCACAUGGCCUACGACUACGACGACUCCUUCACCGACUCCAAACGUUGUCUCCCUUUCUGCACGCCAGGCGCAGGAGCUGCAGACAGUCUAUUACACAACUGUGCAAUACUUUACAGCGACGAUUGUGACCAGCUAUCCUGUCACGGCCACGUCAGUCUCGACUCGCUUCGUUACUUUUACGUCCAGUAUCAUUGUUACUGCGACUCAAAUCACUACGCUUCCAGAUGUUACCACGACGCUGCAAUUGACAACCAUCGUGCCUACAACAGUCGUGACCACACAAAUCUUCACGACUGUUGUCGUUGCGACAACCACAUUGCAAUUGACCACGGUGAUUCCCACCACGAAACCCCGACAGGUCUUUGUAAAUCAAGAAGCACUUGAUAGACUUGGAAAGCGCUUUCACCAUUUCGGAGCUGACUCUCUUCCAGAUUCGGAAACACUGUCCAAGUCACCACUAUCGUCAAUACGCAGACCACAACUAUUAUUCCAGUCGUGA